CUUAUGUAAUGUCCAUCAAUAUAUGAUAGCAUUUUAGGGGUUUUCUGGGCCAGAAAUGAGACUGCAACCGUGAAUAGAUGAAGGACGUUUAUUUUGACAAUAAUUAAAUGUCACAAAAUAAAAUCGUAAAGUGAGAAAACGGGACAGGGAGUCGAAAGUGAAAAUAAAUUACUGCAGUAGUUUUUCUUUUACCCUAUCCUUCCCAGUCUUUUCCCAGCACCCCCUUAUAUGCCCUUGCUUCCCGCCCCAUCUUUUGCACCAAACCUGCACUCCAAUUCCGCUCCACACACACGGGGCGGUGGUGCACCAAAAACUCGAGCCGUGACGAAAAGUAGUGUCAGACUGGUAGUCCCUAACUGAUUCAGGUGUUUUUGAAGAUUCCUGCAAAGACUAAUUUAUAAGAAAAAAAAACAGAUUGACAGACAGCAUUUGGCUUUAAAUGCAGAAACGGGCAACUACAAGAGGGUGUCAAACAAGCUGUGAGUGGGGCUGGGAGGCUGAAAAUUGCUAGAGUACCUGGAGGCCAUGCAGAUAAUGAAUCCAGGCCGUGAAAAGGCAGUCACUUUUACAAAAAAAUAGGUGUGCUCCUUAUCCUAACCACUGGACCACCAAGCCUCCUAACCAGGGAACACAAUCAUUCUGCAUUCUUUAUAAGUACAGUAUAAAUAAUAACGGCAAAUGUAAUAAUAAAUCACUAUACUCAUACUUUGCCGGUUUUUGUUGUACUUAUUAGGCGCGGCUGCAUUUUAGUAUGGUAACAGCAAUAGUCUGUUUGAAUUUGUUUUCGAUGUUUGAUGAAAUGGACACGUUGCUUACUUGCAAAACAAAGGAAGGAAACACAAGAGCGCAAAGCGCAUGGAAGUUAUACCGAAUCCCUUUGGAUAUUUUUUUUUUAUGUCGGCUUUAAUAAAAAUGUUUGUCAUUGUUAUUAGUCUACAUAGAAGAUGUUUGGUCAACACGCAGGACAAAGACUGAACCCGACAGCUGCGCAUUUCUCGGUUACGGAGUCCCAGUCAGGACAAACAAACGCAAACAUUACCAACGGCUCGCGCCUGCUCCUACUUCAAAAGCCAUUGGUCAGAAGCAAAACAUGAAUAUUCAUUACCUUGGUAUACCGUAUAACUGCACAAAGGGUGGUCACGGUUUUAGAAAACAGUAGAACAGAAAGGGCAAAAAAGAAAAUCUCUCUCUCUCUAAAAAAAAAAAGGUGUUUAUGUUACUAUCAAAAUGUAACAUUCUGCUGUAUCAACAUGUUAACACAUGGGCCAAAAGAUUAACUUGCACCCCCAAAAACGAGUUAAACCCAACAAUAAGGUAUGCGCCUAUAUGUGUGACAAUACGGUACUCCAAAGCGCAGUACCCGCUGUAUCCAAAUCCCACCCAGUGACUUUAAAGCGCUCGGCAGCGGGAGAAUUCAAUUCGGGUUUGCAACUGAAUAUUAGUCGGACAGAGUAUUUUUCUCUCUGUAUUUUAACAUUAAAAAAAUAAAAUUAAAAAAAAAAAUAUAUAUAUAUAUAUUAAAUUGACAGUAUAUAUUUGUUAUUUUACGUUUCUACAGCGCGUAUACAGAGCAAACAAAAUGAACUGUUUGAAUAUUGCAGACAUCGCGCCCAACUCUCCACGCAAAACGCGCGGACAAAUUCAGGUAAUAUUCGGACCGAUGUUCUCAGGAAAAAGCACAGAGCUGAUGCGGCGUGUGCGCAGGUUUCAGGUCGCUCAGUACCAGUGUUUGGUGGUGAAAUAUGCCAAAGACACGCGUUACUCUGAGAACGAUGUUGCCACCCACGACAGAAAUACAAUGGAAGCGGUGCCUGCCACCGAGCUGAAGGAAGUCUACAAGCAAGCACUUGUGUGCAGUGUCAUUGGGAUUGACGAGGGACAGUUUUUCCCAGACACAGUGGAGUUUUGUGAAGAAAUGGCCAACCGGGGGAAAACCAUUAUUGUAGCUGCCCUAGAUGGAACGUUCCAGAGAAAGGCGUUUGGUAAUAUUCUGAACCUAGUUCCUCUGGCGGAAAGUGUGGUGAAGCUGAACGCGGUGUGCAUGGAGUGUUUCAGAGAGGCUGCCUACACCAAGAGGCUUGGGGCUGAGAAAGAGGUAGAGGUGAUUGGAGGCACAGAUAAAUACCAUGCAGUAUGCAGAGCCUGCUACAGUGCAUCACUCCCAUCCAGCAAAGAGAACUGCGCUCCCCACAAACAAAUAGAAGAUACCCUGCCUCAAAACAUGGUGGGGAAGCAGGUGGACAUUAAAGCACCCAGGAAACUCUUUGGAACCCUCCAGAUUUGACCAAGACUUGGUCCCAAAGCCCACAAAAACAAUUAGGAAGCAUGAGCACGGAGAAGUGCCUUUUUUAUUUUUAAUUUUUUUGCAUCUUAUGCAUAUAUGUGUUUAAAUGUUUUGCAUGGUUAAAAAGAGCCAUCUCUAUGCACUUAAGGCUGGUUGUUAUUCUUAAUACAGAAGGUCUUUACUGUAUAUGCAGUGAUAAUAUUUCCCUGCCUACCUUUUCCACAUUAUCAGUCCAUGACCUGAGGGUUAGUAUUAUACACAAAACAGGGGUGGAGAGGGUGACGGCAAGACUGCUUUCACAAGGGCUGCCAAUGUUUACCUGAGCUUCGUUUAAAUCAGCAUCCUAAAGGCAUUUAUUUUUUGUCCAUUUCUGCAAUGCAUGGUAAAUAAGCUGGUACACUAACAGCUGCUCCUGUAAGUAGUGGGGCAGGAACAAUAAACCACACCAACCCUACGCCUGUUAUUCCUAUGCAAAGUUUAAAAUUGCACAUGGUUGUCUAGUUCUAAGCCAAGCAAAAAGGCACAGUAUUUAUAUUAUUUAACAUAACUCACAUGGGAGGUGCAGUUAGUACUGCAAGAGUGAAUGUCUUAUUAGGUACUUUGUGUGGUGAGGGUUGCGCAUGCAUAUUUGUCUAAUUGAUCUCUGUGAGAGUGAGACUUGACCUCUACACUGCCAGCUCCUACUAAUAAAAAUCACUGCUGUUGUGUUCUCAUUUUGUGGUGCUUCUCACUCAUGUCAUGUUGCACAUUUACAAAAAUGCCACGAGUGUUUACCAUCCACCUUGAUAGGCCAAAUGU